UAACCUAUAACAUUGACAUUGACAGCGUAGUUCUCAAUUUAGCUUGUGAUUGACAGAUUCUUUGUCACAUCUUGUCAAACACGGAGAAGUCUUUUCUAUUGUCAAAGUAGCGCUAAGCUAAAAAAGGCUCAAGAUGUUGAUGCCAAAACAGAAUCGUGUCGCUAUUUAUGAGUACCUCUUCAAAGAGGGAGUCAUGGUAGCAAAGAAAGACUACCACGCACCCAAGCACCCUGAUCUUGAGAAGAUACCUAACUUACAAGUUAUCAAAGCAAUGCAAUCCCUAAAAUCAAGAGGUUAUGUCAAGGAACAGUUUGCAUGGAGGCAUUUCUACUGGUACCUAACAAAUGAGGGUAUUGAGUACCUCCGAAUCUUCCUCCACUUGCCUCCUGAGAUUGUACCCGCAACUCUGAAGCGUUCUGUGAGGACAGAGACAGUCAGACGUGGUGCAGUUGGCAGACCAGACGCGCCUGCGCGCUCAGCCGAAGACCGCUCUGCGUACCGCCGUGCACCCACGGCUCCUGGCGGCGCGCCUCACGACAAAAAAGCAGAUGUUGGUCCUGGCUCUGCUGGUGUUGAAUUUAGAGGAGGUUUUGGACGAGGUAACAGACCUGACCAAGCAUAAAUAAACUUUAAAUAAGUAACUAAA